AGCCGUUCUGCACCAAGGGGGGGGAGCGGGGCGGAAGGGUGGCGCUCGCGCGCCUCGGGGGGGCAGCUCGGCUCUCGCCGCUGCCCUCCGCGGCGGCCGCAUGAGCAGCGGAGCCCGCUCAGCCCUCGGCGCCGCGCUGUGGGCGCAGGUGCUGCUGGCUGGGCGGCCGGGCUGCGCUUCGGCGCAGCAGCAGCUUCAGUGCCAGCACUGCGACGUGGGCGACGGCUUCGCCGAGUUCCUGAAGGACGACGACGUCCCCGCGGCGCCAGGCAGCUAUGCCUCCGACGUCCACGUCCUGUGGCCCGCGCACGUGGAGGUGGUUCCGAUCACUGCGGACAUCGGCGGCUGGGAGACGCCCUCCUUCCACGAGUCCCUGGCCCAGGAGGCCAUAGCGGGCUGGCGCCGGUUCAGGGAGGAGAUCCUCCCCUCGUUGCCGAAGGACCACCACUACAGGCGGAUUGCGGGGAAGGCGCACGCGGGCUCCCUGAACGACGCGUUCUUCCACUUCCAGAAGGACAGAUCCGACCUCUUCGAGAACAGCGGUGACGUGCAGGCGGCGCUCGGGAUGAAGAGGGGGCGGCACCACACGCCGUCUCCGUACGACAACUCCACCUGGCCCGAGAUGAACGGCCUCCCCGCGUACAACAAGCUCCGCCACAUCAUCGACCGGCUGAGCCGCAGGUACCUGGAGCGGUCCGGGCUGAACAGGAAGGCCGCCGCGUCCCUGAACUACAGCAUCUUCAACUGGGCCGCCGUGCACGGCGCGGGCGAGUUCCACGGGCCGCACACCCACGUCGGCGAGUACCACGUCGGCGUCUUCUACGCGCAGGCGGGGCCCUCCGCGGGGAAGCUGCGCUUCAGCGACGCCCGGGGGCACAGCCCGCCGUUCGGCCGCGCCUACGUCCACACCCCGAGGUCUGGCGAGCUGGUCCUGUUCCCCUCGUGGCUGAGCCACAUGGCGACCGUCACGGCGCCCGCCUCGGACCUCCCCCGCGGCGAGAAGGAGCCCCUGAGAGUGGUCUUCUCCUUCAACAUCGGCCCGGUGCAGGGGCCGCUGCCCUGUCACCUCUGGUUCAGCGACCCCACCGGCGACAUGCGCUUCCGGCGGCGCAGUCCGAUCGACCCCAGGGAGUUGGCGUUGUGACUCCGCCCUCCCCCCCUCCCAUCCCCUCCCGUAUUGUUCUCCUCCUCCUCCUCCUCCUCCUCCUCCUCCUCCUCCUCCUCCUCCUCCUCCUCCUCCUCCUCCUCCUCCCCCCUCCCCUCCUCUAGUGGCGCAGCGCUGUGGCUCGCAGCGCGGCGCUGUAGCCUGCAGUGGCCGUCCUCCGGGGCCCCUGCACGCAGCAUCGGUUGGCGUGAUUUUCCAGCUGCCCUCCUCAUCCACAGCUCUGUGCCGGCUUGCCGUCCCUCGAAGAACACAGUAGCCACAGAAGCUCGUCCUCGCCCCCCUCCCGCGCGACCUGCGCCGCCGCAGGUGCGGCCAGCUGCGCGGGCUGCACGCGGCGAGCGCACCGCGCGCGCGGAACAAAUCGCGCGGGCGCAGCAGGGUGGCAAGGCUUCGCCAG